AUGUCGAUCGGGGAGUACUGUAUCGAGUCGAGGCAGGACAGCUACCGGUUACGGUUGACGAUAUUGGGGAAGAUCGUCGAAUGGUACAAGCACUGGACGGGGCGAACGUCUCGAAAUCGUCAAAAGCUGCGAAAUGCAAAUUUGGACACCGCCGGCGUUGAGCAGCCACUGCGCGCCCCCGUCCGGAUCCCGUCGGAGAUGAACAUCCGCGUCAUCCGCGAGCCGUCCAUGUCCAGAGAAUCAUUGCGUAGGCUGUCGAGAAUGAUGCCGGCCGGGGAGGAGAGUUUACUGCAGAGGAAGAAGCGGAACAGCUCGAUCGGAUCGUUUACAGAAUACGGAGGAGGAGCCGGGCGACAUCAA